AUGAAAGUAUUAACACUGGGUGCUGAACAAGAUGUUGGUAAGUCCUGUGUGGUUAUUACAAUUGGUGAUAAGAACAUAAUGUUUGACUGUGGGAUGCAUAUUGGAUAUGCAGAUGAGAGAAGAUUUCCGGAUUUUACAUUGUUAAGUAAAACGUUGAAUCUUAAUGAAGUUUUAGAUUGUAUUAUAAUUUCACAUUUCCAUUUGGAUCAUUGUGGCGCAUUACCAUAUUUCACAGAAGUAUUAGGAUUUGAUGGUCCUAUUUAUAUGACAUAUCUAACUCAGGCAGUUAUUCCUAUUUUACUUGAAGAUUAUAAAAAAAUUUUAGAACUAAAGUAUAAAGAAAAAGAAAUUUUUAACAUGUCUCAUAUAACAGGGUGUCUUAAUAAAAUAAUACCUAUUAAUAUGGAAGAGACACUUAAAAGAGAUGAUGGUAUUGAAAUUACACCUUAUUAUGCAGGUCAUGUUAUUGGAGCUGCUAUGUUUUAUGUAAAGUAUAAUGAUGAAAGUGUUGUUUACACCGGGGAUUAUAGUACUACAGCAGAUAAGCAUCUUGGACCAGCUAAAAUAGAUACACUAAGACCAAAUUUACUAAUAACUGAAUCAACAUACGGAAGUGUAAUAAGAGAUUGUAGAAAAAUAAAAGAAAGAGAAUUUUUACAGGUAAUACAGAAAACAAUUGAUAGGGGUGGGAAAGUUCUUAUUCCAAUAUUCGCAUUAGGUAGAGCACAAGAGAUCUGUUUGUUAUUAGAAAAUUAUUGGGAACGAAUGAGAUUAAAAACACCCAUCUACUUUAGUGGUGGGUUAGCUGAAAGAGCCACUGAAAUAUAUAAAAAAUUUAUCAGUUAUACCAAUCAAGCUGUCAAAGAUAAAAUUAAUAUUAGAAAUGUUUUUGAGUUCAAAGAGAUUCAACCUUACAAUAAUCAUGCUUUAUCUAACACUGAAUCAUCUAUUAUAUUUGCAUCACCAGCAAUGCUUCAUUCUGGUAACUCUUUAAGAAUCUUUAAAGAACUUUGUAGUGACUCUAAAAAUUCGGUUAUUUUACCUGGUUAUUGUGCUAGAGGUACUGUGGGUGAUAAAAUAUUAAAUGGAGAAAAAAAAUUAUCUAUUCUUAAUGAAGUUGUGGAUAUAAAAAUUGAUGUUUAUAAAAUAGCAUUUAGUGCACACACUGAUUCUUUCGGUACUCUGAAAAUGAUUGAUCAAUGUAAACCUGAAAACGUAAUGCUUGUACACGGAGAUAAAAAAAGAAUGAUUAUUCUUAAAGAUUUAAUUGAAAAAACUUUUAAACUUAAAGUUUUUUAUCCAGUAAAUGGUACUUUAUUAACUGUUCCAUGUGAUAAAAAAAUUCCUAUUAAAAUUUCAGAAAAUCUUCUUAAAUCACACGUAAAUUUAACUAAAGAAAUUAAUGACGUUUCUAUUUGUUUAAAACUUAAAAAAGAUGAUGGUAAGUUUGUUGUUAAAGAUAUUCAAAGUUUUGAUGCUGAAAAAUAA